AUGGCGGCCGCAGCGGCACGGAAGCUCCAGAAGGAGAUAGAGAUGACCUUGAAGAAGGUCGACGAUGGGGUAGUGGAAUUUGAGGACUUGUACGAUGAGGCCUCGCAACCGCACGCGGCGAACAAGGACCGGCUAGGAGAAGAUCUCAAAAAGAGCAUCAACAAGCUACAACGCUUUCGCGUUCAAAUCAGAGAGUGGAUAAAUAUGGCAGAGGUCAAAAACAAAGACAAACUCGAGGCGAGCAGGAAAAAAAUAGAGUACUACUACUAUGAAUAAUUAAACAUGAUAAAGACUUCUGUUUAUCACUCUUGAUAUUCGUCUUCGUCUUGUAAGUUAAAUGUCCUGUAGUUUUUGGGAUGGUUUCCUUCGUACAACUAGGGUAUGUUGCCAUCUGUCCUCUUUAUUUUUUCUAAGACCUCGUCCUCUGAUCAUGCACAGGACGAGGACGAGACCAACAAGCGGGCACUCGUCGUCGACCGAGAGUCAUCUUCAAUCUAUUUCUUCCUCUUUUCACUCCGACUAGGUACAACAUGCAGCGGUUCAAAGACUUCGAGCGGGAGCUGAAAACAAAAGCAUAUAGUACAUUCGCAUUAGCGAAGGAUGCCUCUGAGGACGAUUUAGAGUCCCAGGAAAAAAGGGAGAGCGAAGAAUGGUUAAGGAAACAGCUUGAUGCUCUUGGAGAAGCGGUCGAAAUGGUGGAAGCCGACAUAGAAUCUAUCCAGAAUAAGAAGCAUGUCUCCGCAAGAGACAAAGAAGAAAUAGAACAGUAUCAAUUUUUUUUUUUUUUGGAAGAAAAUUUUGAUAUUGAGAAGAAGUCUGGCUUUUCAACCACUGAGUUUGAUUGCAGAAAGAGUAUUUAAGAUAAAAAUAGAAUUUUAAAUUGAAGACUUUCUACUUUUUUUCCAAAUGCCCUCCUCGAAAAACUUUUGCAGGAAGCAACAAUUCAAGGAUCGGCAUCAGUGGCACGUUUCGAAACUCGAGUGUUUGCUCCGUGCGUGUGACAAUGAUACACUUAACUUGUCAGAGCUGGCAGUGAUCAAAGAGAGCGUGGAAUUCUAUAUAGAGGCUGGUAUGGAACCGGACUACUACCACGAUGAAACACUCUAUGAUAACUUCGACAUCGCAGAGUAUGCGGCGGAACAGCAAGGCGCACAAUCUAAGAUUGCCCCAGCAGUCGAUAGUGAGAUCGCAGAAAAAAUGGUCAUCGGAGGGUCAGAAAAGAAAGCCAAAGCGAAAAAAGCAGCGCAAGCAAAAAAAGUCACGCAUAAUCCAGGUACUUAUAAGUACUAUGAUGAAUAUUUAUUAAUUUAUAUGAUGAAAAAAUGAAUUUCACCUGCAGCAUUGGCAUUGCGGUUUAUUACGUAGUUUUCCAGCCAUGGUUUAUUAUUAUUUGAUUGCUUCAAGGUAGGAAAGUUAAUGAAGUAGUACGUGGUAGCCGUUCGUCUCGCUAGUCGCUAGGAGCAGCAUCUUUAACUAUAAACGCACAUACCGUCUACAGUCUGCUGCACAUUGUCUACAAGAUACUAGUGUUUACUCGAUAAUUCCACCUUGUUACUUCUUCCCACUACAUCGCAAACCACAGCCGCUCAAAAGAAUCUGGGAAAGACAGUGGAAACAAGGAAGCGUGUCAUUGCUGAUAAUGGGGAGCAAAAGAUCGGUGAAGAUCAAUUAGUAGCAGAAGCAGAUGAAUUCAUCUGUAAAAUCUGCUACGUGCAUGUGGUUGGUUGCUCGCCGAAACUGACCACAUGCUCGCAUCUUUUUUGGUACUUCUUUCAUGCUUGAGGUAGAGUAGACCAUCGUGAAUCUUUUCAAUUAUACAGCCAUCUUCAUGGAAGGACAAUUACCACUAGUUCGUUGUAGAGUACAUUUGCUUCUGAAUCAUAAUCUCUGAUCCUCCUGAUCAUCUGACAUGGUCAUGUCUCGUUUAGCAUGUCUUCUACAGAACGGAGUUUAUUUUCCUCAACAUCAUUCAUCUUCGUCCUCACAGCGGCGAUUGUUUGAUGCAGUGGUUUGGUGAGCAUCCCGAGCUCCAAACAUGGGCACAGCGAGCAAAAACGGCGGGAGAUGCUGUUGCACGUACCAAUGCCGCACUUUAUUUCUCCUAUAGAUCUUCAGCAGCUCGUUCUUCUUACUUUGAAGAGUUUGUGGUAUGUAGGAAUAACGAGUGAACAGAACUAGUGAAUCAGUACUGACGUGUUGUACGGGGAUUUUGCUCAUCUUCAUCCCAAGCAUUCUCUACAAAGAAACUUUUCGUCUAAAAUCGCAAGAUGUGGUCGAUCAUCUUUGCCCUCAAACUCAAAACAGAUACGGUUCCCUGUCCUGUGUGUAAGACCCCUCUGAAUGAGCACACGGAUCUUCACCCAAUAUGCGCCACGGCUACCCAGUCAGAACACCUCCUCUUAUGGCGCAUGCUUUCCUGCCUCAAAGUUAUGUGCGUGAACCAUUCCAAGGUAGUAAUUUUGAGACUUAGCAUCAGCAUUAAUAUGACGAAGUGGAUACGUCGAGGCAUUGUAAUUAUGCCAAUUGCCAUCAUCAGAAAAACAAAGUAAAAACUCAUCAUAUCGAGAUUUCUGAGGAAAGGUAACCAUAAUCUUCAUACGCAGGUCACCCCCGGCCAAUGCUGUGAUUGGGUAGGCGAGUACCAACACUACCAGGAGCAUGUAAAAAAUUGUAAGAAUGAACCAUGUAUGGCUUCCCUCAAGAAGAAAGGCGCCGAUGAAACAAAAACCCAGGCAAAGGACACGAAGGCUGCAGCGAAGGUACGCAUCAAGUCCUUUCGUGCGUCAUAUUAAAUCGCAGUUACGUUUCGUUGUAUUUUUUGAUUUUGAACCUUCCUUCGGGAUUAUACUUGCAUCCAUCGAUGACGACCGAGAUCAAAGAAUGAUAAUUUCUUUGUCCUUCCUCAUUUUUUGGCUUUUUUUUCUUCAGGCUGGCGCCGCAGCAAAAACAAGCGGGAAGCAGGCUGUGGCGGAUCCCACUACAAAAAAGAAGGCGGGUCAGCAGAGUCGGAAACCCGAGCCAGUGGUGGUCAGCACCCCAGCCGAUAUCCCAUCAAGCACCCCAGCUCCAGCCGCUCCGGCUGUAUCCUCGUGGGGACAGGGGCCGCCUGCAACUUCUUCAUGGGGCCAAGGGCCACCCGCAAGUGCUAUUGCUGCCAGUGCCAACAAUGCCAAGUCUGCCGCAGCAUCUGCUGCAGUUAAUUCAUCAACGAGUGGCGGAGUCCGAGCGGGAGCCGCUGGAGGAGGAGCGUCGACAACUUCAAACUCCACGCCAACUUGGGACAACAACAAUGCUGCACCUCCCUCAUCCGCGGCUGCGGCGCCGGCGGCAAACAGUAACAGCACUGGUGGAGCAUCGGGUCAAGGAUCAUCUUCAGGCGGGGCAGCAGGAGCUGCGAGCGGACCUUCUGCUACAACCGAAGCAAAUGCAUCGACGUCAAAUAACGCAACAUCUGCCAGCCCAAACAAUACCUCUACCUCCUCCAGUGGACCCCCUGCAUCCUCAGCCGAACCCACUGCAACCACAACACCCGCACCAGCAGCCCCUGAAACAACUAGUGAAAAUUUGCAACACGGCGCACACGUUCGCGUUCUAGACCAGAAGUCGAGUCACUCACAGCAUAUCACACAGGUACGAUAUCAUCUAGUGUUGUAGUUCGACAAGAUAGUAAGAUCGAUGAUGCUUUAUUUUUGCUAAGGGAGCGGAGAAGAGCCCCGAAAGAAACUUCAUUUUUUUCAUAUUAUUCAUGAACAAUUUAUGAUGAUAAGAAAAUUUUAAUUUUAAUAUAUAUGUAAUCACGAUGACAUAGACAUUGACAUCAUAGAUCUAGAGUGCAGCAUACACACGACAUCAAAAGGCUUCUUCGUCCGGAGGUGGAAGUAUGCCCAAGCAUGCUCAGAUACGAACGGUGCAGCAGCAACAGCAAAACGUCACAGUCAACGUAACCGUGAAUGUUUCUAAUGGGCAGGCCACGAAUACCACAGCCACGACUACCCAUCAGCAGAGAGGGCAGGAAGUUGCAACGUCAAAUGCAGGUGAAAAUACAAGUUUUUGACAUGAUGGCUUGUAGUUCCUAGCACUAGUCUGAUCUAGUCCAUAUUGUAAUCGAUACACAUCUGUUAUCUUCGGAAGUAGUACGUUGCGAUAUUAAACAUUAACAUUCUAAUAGAACUAUACGACAGGAGUGGCUACGUGUAGUACGUCCAAUUUUAUUCACUUUGUGUUUUUUAUUCUUGAUCUUGUUCUUGUCUCUAAUUACAACAGGUAGACCUUGACUUUUGGUUUUUUCUUGAUCUUGUUCUAUCUUGUCUCUAAUUACAACAGGGGAACCUUCAUCAGAGCAGGCUGUCGAGGGUGCAGUUCAUGGCGUAGCAACAUCAAAAUUUGAGCCUCGUGGCGAGAACACGAUAGAAAUUCAACAGGGGCAUCAGUUGUUGGUAUUUAGAUAUCUACUCCUUUCUGUGCAAAGCCAAACUCAACCUCAAGCUUUACAGUUGUACCUUUUUUUGGUAGAGCUGCCUGAUCUUUACGUUCUUGAUGAUCAGGUUAAGGUGAACAUGAAUAUGAAUGACAGUAUGGAUAAUUAUCUCAAGAAAGAUGUUUGAUGCCGCAAAAGCAUUAUCAUUGAUGACGUGUAUCAUCUACAACUCCGCAACCUCAGAUAAUCGAGGAGCACGUAUCUGGUUGGACAUACGUGAAGAACAACAGCACUGGCCUGAGUGGUUGGGUUCCCGCAUGGGUUGUCGCGAAGGCACCUGAACCGCAAUACCCACAACACAUGACUGCGCUGGCUCCCUUUGAAGGAAACUCUCAAAACGAGCUUUCAAUACAAAAGGUAUUGUCGUGCUUGCUUCGCAUUGACGUUUCAUUGUUUACUUCAUGAGCCAGGCCGCGGGACUUGUAUUUGUAUCUUCAUGUAUAUCAUGAUUUUUACGCUCAAGAACCCUAGUUGUAUUAACUAAUGUCAACAUGAAUGUCCUCGUCUUUCUAUAAUUCUAUCUCAACUCUUCAGGGCGAGUGGUUGGAAGUGAUUGAGCGGCACGAAACCGGCUGGACUUUCGGCAAGAAAGCUGCUGGUACCGAAUUCGAGGCAGAGGGAUGGUUUCCAGAUUGGGUUAUCAUGACAAGAGUACAAGGCUAGAGCACCUCGUCUGAGGUGUAGACCACUACCAGAUCCAGAACAACGUGCUGAGGUUGAGGAAGAACAUUAAGUAGAGUCAAAGCAGGCCUCAGUAACUACAUAGGUCAACAUUGAUCAUCUGUUACGCGACAUGGUCAUGAUCAUCUUGCCCACGAAUCCCAAAGCACCAUGAAGAACAUGAAGAUUACCCCAAUCACAUGUGCUGCGCUAAAAACAACUCCAACAACAUCAACAUCGCACGGUGAACAAGAAGAAGAAGAUGUAGAAACAUCAACAUCUUUCAUCAACAUUAUAGUGCUGCUUUCCACUAGGAGGUGGUGGUAGACCGUUCAUCUUCCUACCGGGGAACGUCGGCAACCGGACUUGAUGACAUAAAACGCAGAUGUAUGCUACAGACAGGCCUUUGGAGCACACACUGCACAACUUUUACAUCUACUUCUGGUUGCAUUGAUGCUGCACGAUAAUAUUACAGAUGAACAACGUCUCGAGAAGGGGGAUGGUUGAGGAGGUGAACAUCCCGAAGAGGACCUGAGCUAAUAGAGCCAGCACCGUCAAGGAAGGGGCUAUAUCAUGUUCUUGAAGAACAGACAUCUGGUGACAGCUGCGUCAUGAUCACAACUGCACUUCAUGUGAUCUCAAUCUAUUUAUUACUGGUUGUAAACUCAUUCAACAACAUCUUAUCAUCCUCAUUUUAUCAUCCUCAUUUGUAAUACUAGUAUCAUCUUCAUCACAAGAUUUAAUGCUCAGUCAUCAAAAUGAAGUGCCACACGGGUAGCGUUUCUCAUUGAAUCCUCAAAUCAAUAACCAUGGCCAUGCUCUUCUCAACUCUAACAUUUACGGCAAAAAUUCACAUUUACUCAAAAAUAUGACUCGCAAAUGCUUGAUGAUCAUGAUAUCAGAGGAUCAUGAAAAACUACUAUUAACUAGAAGCCUUACACAGCACACGGACGGAGUUUGUUUAGGGCUUCUAUUUACUCGCAGUUGCUGCAUCCUCUAUUUCUUGCUUUGAUUAUUUUUUCUACAUUUGAUCUGCUACAAAAUGUCAUGGAAAAUGCUACCAAGAACAUCUAUGUCAUCUUCGUGCUGAGUGGUGUAUCAAAGCGAAAAAAAGUUGCGCGACAAGGAACAAGAGGUGACCAGGCUCCUCUUCAUGUAGUUCCUACUCCUAAAUGUAGAGCAGAAGCAGGAGGUGUUACGUCGUCGCCUAUUCAUCAUGAUCCUCGUGAUGCUAAUCAUGUACUUCGUAGUGGUCGCACUGUAGGGUCACAAUGCGCUUCGGGUUUUGCAUUCA